AUGAUAGCAAAACUACCGCCCGACAUGGCCGACAAAGAACAAAACUCCGGAUCAGAGUCCGAGAUCCAGGAGAGAUCAACGAUGGCACAACAGAAGGCCAUCAACAAGAAGAAGCAGGAGAAGCGUGAAGCAGGCCUCCAAUCUGCCCGCUCACGGUCUUCAUCGCGCCGAGCCCGUCGCAGCCGCCUGGAGAAAGACCUCAAAGAUGGCAAAUACAUGCACACAACAUCGCUGGAGGUACUCGAGGAAGCCGAUGCAAAUGGCGAUUUGCAGAAGAUGGGCAUGUUUGAUCGCAUCGGUCCAGACAGCACAUCGAUGGAUGGUCCUGUCACCCACGCGCGUGCGAUGCGAGGAGAGAUCCCGAUGCGCGGCACCAACCCCAACGAACCACAACAGAUGCCAAAACAAGACAAAGGCAGUGAACUGAAGGAUCAAGAUGGAUUGAAACUGACGCUGGAGGCCAACCUCGAGAUUGAGAUUGAGCUGAAGGCGAGUAUCCGUGGUGACCUGACGUUGAGUUUAUAGUAAGUCGGCCCUAGCUUUGAAGCCUUCGACCCUUCAUCGGGCGUUAUUGGGUUAUGUCAUUCAGCCUCGUAGUGGCUCUUAGUACGAUCACACUUCCAAGAGGAAGAAUUUACAAUAUUUCGAAAUGAUGGUUCCGUCCUGAGUGGUUUUUGUCGGAUCUUUUCAUGGGUGUGUGGGCGCUCGGUACCCUACAUACGAUGCCGCACCACUCAAUGCCCAGUGGUCAUUGGCGCAAUACUUUCAGGGACGUCAGUUAAGUCCCACGGUAAUAUCAAAGCAAAAUUUGUGC